CCCAGAGUAGGUGGUAGGGACAGAAGCGGGCAGUACCCCACUUCUCCCCUACAUCAUCUCUCCUGGCUGCUGUAAGCUAGGGUUGGCUCGCCCCAGAUCGGGUCGUCAGCAGCUGGCUCCCCUGGGACCAGGGUUCCUGCACCUUCCAGGGACCAUGCAUCAGUCCUAUUGACCCAGGACUAGGGGCCUGUGGGGGUACCUGGAAUGGGCUGUGUGUUCUGCAAGAAGUUAGAGCCUGCAUCCAAGGAGGAUGUUGGCAUCGAAGGUGACUUCAGGAACCAAGGGGCUGAAGAACGCUAUUACCCUGACCCCACUCAAGGCCACGGCCGGUUGCAGAACUUCUCUCCUCAGCCCACCAGCCCAGCUUUCCUUAAUGUUGGCAACAUGAGGAGCAUCUCAGGGACUGGAGUGACCACGUUCGUCGCCCUGUAUGACUAUGAGGCCAGGACAAGGGAUGACCUUACCUUCACCAAAGGCGAGAAGUUCCACAUCCUGAACAAUACUGAAGGUGACUGGUGGGAGGCUCGGUCGCUGAGCUCCGGACAGACUGGCUACAUUCCCAGCAACUACGUGGCCCCUGUGGAUUCCAUCCAGGCUGAAGAGUGGUACUUUGGAAAGAUCAGUAGGAAGGAUGCAGAAAGGCAGCUUCUCUCAGCUGGUAACCCUCAGGGGGCCUUUCUCAUUCGGGAGAGUGAAACAACCAAAGGUGCCUACUCCCUGUCCAUCCGUGACUGGGACCAGAACAGAGGCGAUCACGUAAAGCAUUAUAAGAUCCGAAAGCUGGACACAGGUGGCUACUACAUCACCACACGGGCCCAGUUCGAAUCCGUGCAGGACCUGGUGCGGCACUACACGGAAGUGAAUGAUGGUCUGUGCUACUUGCUUACCGCACCCUGUACCACCAUGAAGCCCCAGACGCUGGGUCUGGCCAAGGACGCCUGGGAGAUCGACCGUAGCUCCAUAACGUUUGAACGAAGGCUGGGCACCGGCUGCUUUGGAGAUGUGUGGCUGGGCACGUGGAACUGCAACACAAAGGUGGCCGUGAAGACCCUGAAGCCGGGCACCAUGUCUCCUAAGGCCUUCCUGGAGGAGGCACAGAUCAUGAAGCUGCUGAGGCAUGACAAGCUGGUGCAGCUGUACGCGGUGGUGUCGGAGGAACCCAUUUAUAUUGUGACAGAGUUUAUGGGCCACGGUAGCUUGCUGGAUUUUCUAAAGGAUCGAGAAGGCCAGAACUUGAGGCUGCCCCAUCUAGUGGACAUGGCCGCCCAGGUAGCUGAGGGCAUGGCCUACAUGGAGCGCAUGAACUACAUCCACCGAGACCUGAGAGCCGCCAACAUCCUGGUCGGGGAGCAGUUAGUUUGCAAGAUCGCAGACUUCGGGCUGGCUCGCCUCAUAGAGGAUAAUGAAUACAACCCCCGCCAAGGGACCAAGUUCCCCAUCAAGUGGACAGCCCCAGAGGCUGCCCUCUUUGGCAGAUUCACUGUCAAGUCGGAUGUGUGGUCCUUUGGGAUUCUGCUCACUGAACUGAUCACCAAGGGCCGAGUUCCUUACCCAGGCAUGAACAACCGGGAAGUAUUGGAGCAAGUAGAGCAUGGCUACCACAUGCCAUGCCCUCCAGGCUGCCCAGCAUCCCUGUAUGAAGCCAUGGAGCAGACCUGGCGUCUGGAUCCGGAGGAGAGGCCCACCUUUGAGUACCUGCAGUCUUUCCUGGAAGACUAUUUUAUCUCCACAGAACCACAGUACCAGCCUGGAGACCAGACAUAGCCUGGCUGGACAUCAGUGACCCUCUGGGAGUAUCUUCUUGCCCUUGCCAAUCCCCAGGGUUCUCUAAGUCCCAGUGCCUCCAGACUUGGGAUCCUGUGGAAUCCGAGAAGGCCAGAUGCUCUGAAGCCAUUUUACAGAUGGGGCAAAUGGAGGCUAGGCGCUCAUCUCUUACCUUCUCUGACCCCAAGCAAUCUGUCUUCCCUUCCUACCUAUGCCCUACCCCAAAAAUCUAGGGCACCCCACUCAUUUUACAGAUGGAGUGAAUGGAUGCUCAGAACUUAUCUCUCACACACUCUGACCCCAGGCACCAUUUUUCCUGUCCCACCAGGCUCCUCCAUGCUGUUAGCCUCUUUCUUCCAUCUCCUAAAAAUAUUCACACUUUGUCUAGUUAUUUAUAAAAUUGUAUUUCCCCUCCUUCACUUAUCUCUUAUUCCUGCUUUCCUACCUCCUGUCAGCCUGCUCCAGUCCAGGCCCUAAGAAUUUAAUUACUGCUCUUGGUUCUCUUGGAUUUCUCCAGGUUCCAAGGGCAGGGGACAUCUUUGCUUGACUGUCUUCCUGCAGACUGGAUGCUCUGGUCCAGGCCCAGGUCUGAGAGAGAGAGCUGGUGAAGGCUCACCACCUCUCUGUGUAAUGUGUUUAUUCAUUAUGUAAGUCAGAACAAUGAUGAUGUGAACUUUGAGCCAUGAAAAUUCCCUGAGCCAUCUUUGGGGAGGGAUGGUACUCCACAGGAGGGAAACAGGAUAGAUUUGGCUAUUGAGGGGCAGGUGGUAAGGAGUUCCCUCUUGCCUACUAAAUGUAAGGUACCCAGUGCAUGGAGUUUCAGAACACCCCAAAGUCCCACUGAUCAUCCACAGGUCAGUUUACCAUGAGUUGAGAAAAACAGAAAACAGGCAAUUGGAAGUAGAUGAAUGUGGCUUUGAAUCUGUGUACAGCUAAUUCCUUACCUGAUGUCAGCCAAUUUCCCGCCCAUCACAGGCACACUGGGACAUUGUCUUAGUUAGGUUUUGGGGUUUUUUUGUUUUUGUUUUUGUUUUUUCGAGACAGGGUUUCUCUGUGUAGUUUUGGUUCCUGUCAUGGGUCUCGCUCUGUAGACCAGGCUGGCCUCGACGAACUCACAGAGAUCCACCUGGCUCUGCCUCCUGAGUGCUGGGAUUAAAGGCAUGUGCCACCACUGCCCGCCCAGCUUAGUUAAAGUUUUUAUUGCUGUGAAGAGACAUCAUGACCACAACUCUUACAAAUAAAAACAUUUAAUUGGG